AUGAUCCCGCUAACCCAGAUUGAUCCAAAGUACUACGGUCUGAGGCCCCAGGCGGCCCAGACUGGGCUACUUUUGGUUCCAGCUGUCUUCGCUCUGUCUCUCAUCGCCUAUGGUCACAAAGCCGUCAAGUGGCAGCUCACAAACACUCUGCUUGUGCUCCAGAUAAUUCUACUGAUCCCGCUGUAUCAAUUCGGUCCCGUGUGGGAGCUAGGAUGUGCCAUCGCUGGAACUCUGGUCAUGCUGUACCGUGAGUCCUCCACGAUCCAUCUUUCCUAUCACAUUGCCCUCAUCGCUUUUUCCUUCAGUCUGGUGGUCGCCAACAUCAACCGUCAUCUGACACACGCAUUUAUGGGCGAGUUGGGAUGCCAGACCGUCUCUGCAAUCUGUCUGGUGGCCAACUCUCUAAUUCUGUGCUACCUGCAACCGUCUUCCGAGUUCUAUUCCAACUUGACCUUUGGAUGGCUCCAAAAGACUCUCGAUAGAGACAUUGUGACCCAGGAUAGCUUGGAAAAGACCCCCGACGCCCUCAUCACCGAAAACGCCUUCUCAGACUUCAAGAGCUUCCAAAGGAAGUACCCUGAAGGAACCUCCUUCUCCACUCUGAUCCAAAAGAGAUACACUUGGUGGUAUAUCAAGGCCUCCACUUUUUUCCUUGGAGAGGUGCUGUUCCCUUUUGCUCAGCCCCUCCUUCUCAAGUCGCUCAUUGUCCAGGUCACCAGCUAUGACGAGAAGCAAAACUCCAAGUACAUGUCCAGAGCAUUCACUCUGAUUCUAGCUCUCGCAGGAAUCGACUUUCUGGCCACCCUGGCGGCCACCAAGUUCCGACGUCAGGUCACAACUAUGGCCCUUCAUAUGAUGGUUGGCCUGGGUGCUUUCAUCCAGGACAAGAUUUUCCGGCUGGAAACUAUGCCUGAGUCGUCAGGUGAUAUCAUCAACCAUUUCGCCACCGAUAUCACCAAUGUGCUUCAUGUGCCCUACUACUUUGACCAGCUGUGGAAGGCUCCUCUCCAGCUCAUUGUCUGCACCUUCUUCCUCUACCAGCUGCUGUCGUAUGCUGUUUUCUGGGGCCUUUUGGUGCUGGCUAUUUGUGGACCAGUGUCUUACUUCCUUGCCAAAACCCAAAGCAUGGUUUAUCGAAAGAUGCAGAGCCAGCGAUCCGCUCGAUACUCGCUUGUGGGCCAGAUGCUCAAGAAUAUCAAGACUCUCAAGUUCUACACUCUUGAGAAGCACACCUUUGACACUAUUCGAGACAUUAGAUCCCGAGAAAUCAACACCCUGAAGCGUGUUAACCAGAUCAAGCUCUUCGAUACUUUCCUGUGGCACACCUGCAUCUUUCUGUGCUCUUUUGUCUCUCUCUAUAUGUUCAGAGAGCAGCAUGGAGGCAAGCUCACUCUUGAUGUGGUCUUCCCUACUAUGGUUCUCUUCCAGAUUCUGCAACAGCCCUUCAAGGUACUUCCUACCAAUGUUUCUCUACUUGUUGAGUCGGUUGUCUCUCUCAAGCGUGUUAGUGGUUUCCUGGAUCACCCUGAGGACGGUGUUGAUCGAGAGUCUCUCAACUUGGAAGAGACUUCUCAGCAGAUUAUCGAUGACCUCAACAACAACGUUGAUCUGAUUUCCAUCAUUGGAAAGGUCGGUAGUGGAAAGAGUACUCUACUCGACAUGAUUGUUCAGAAGAGCUCCCAAGCCGUGGCUUACAUGACCCAAGGACACUUCUUGCUCAAUGCCAGUAUCAAGGAUAAUAUCAUUUUUGGCUCGAAUUUGGACGAGGAACGAUACAAGACUGUCCUCUACCAGUGUGCACUUGUUCCAGAUCUGGCCAACCUGAGCCAUGGGGACCAGACGCUGAUUGGUGAUAAGGGUCUUUCUCUUUCUGGAGGCCAGCAGGCCCGAAUCUCCAUGGCUCGAGCUCUGUACUCUGGAUACACCAUGUGUCUAGACGACCCUCUUGCUGCUCUGGAUCAGCAUGUGCAGAACCAUGUGAUUCGACAUGCACUUGCAUACGCUGAGUCUCAGAUGGUUAUGGCUACCAACUCUCACAAGCUACUCGAUUAUGGAAGAGUCUACAAUCUCGAUACCCGUGGACAGGCUGCUAUUGCUGCCAAGAAGAACCUUGAGGACCUGAGAGAGCCCAAUGUUGUUCCCCAGGAUAUCAAUGUGCAGCCUCCUGCUUCUCUACAGCAAGAGGAGAUCACGACUAGUGGUCGAGUCAAUUGGAGCGUCUACCGACGGUACUUCCAGGAAUUUGGCUUCUUCACUUUCACGGUCUUUAUGAUUUUUGCCAUAGGAUUUGCUGGUCUAGGUGUUGCCGCUGGUCUUGCUAUUUCGCGAGCCAACGUUUUCUACUACCUCAUGUUUGGACUUGUUGCUGGCCUUUCUGAGAUCAUUUCGAACCUCAUUUUCCUUAAGGGAAGUUGUUCGGUUGGUCUCAAGAUGCACUACAGACUGCUGACUUGUGUUAUCACCUCCCCAUUGGCCUUUUUUGUUUCUACCCCUAUGGGUCGAGUUCUUAACCGACUCACUGCUGAUCUCAAGCUCACUGAUGAAGAGGUUGCUAACAACGGCCGACUGUUUGUGUACUCGUGCAUUGAGGCUGCCUUUGGCCUGGGUCUCAUUGUUGCGGCUGCUCCUCUUUCCAUCAUCUUUGUGGCCGGUCUGCUGAUGCUGUACAAGCACUACGAAGCCAUCUACGUCAAGACUUCCCGUGAGCUCAAGCGAAUUGUCGCUGCCACUUCUUCUCCAAUUCUCACCAUUCUCGGAGAGAGUAUUGACGGUCGACAUGUCAUUUCUGCCUACAGCCGACAGCCUUACAUGUCUGGUCGUCUUUGUGAGGCUCUUGAUGAAAACAACAAGGCUCGAUUCAUCCAGGGUAACCUUGGAUACUGGCUAGGUCUGCGCCUCAAGGGAAUUGGCUGUGGCAUCAUCUUUGUUGCCGGUGUGCUUUCUCUGUUUGCUCUUGGGAGUGGUCAACUUUCGGUUGCUCUUCUUUCUCUGACUAUGACCUAUGCUCUGGGUAUCACUAAGCAUCUUGAUGCCAUUGUUUCUUCUUUGAUCAUGGUUGAGACCAACUCUGUGUCUGUUGAGCGAAUUGUCGAGUGGAUGGGCAAUGAGAAGCAGGACCCUCUUGAUACAGAUGUUGAGGCCAACGGCUCUUCCGGUAUUCCCUACCCUUCUGAGAUUGAUCUUCUCUCUGACAAACCUCCUCAAAAGAUCUUCACCAAGGGUCACGUUCAGAUUGAGGGCUGGAACGUGUUUUACGGCGACACUCAGGUGCUCAAGAACAUCAACCUUGAUAUUCCAGGUGGCACAAAGCUGGCUAUUGUUGGUCGAACUGGCUCUGGAAAGUCCACUCUGGUCAACUCUCUGUUUAGAUUGGUGGAGCCUCGAACUGGAGAGGUGGACAUUGAUGGCUACAACAUUGCCAAGGUUCCUCUUCUGGAUCUUCGUGCUAACAUGGCCAUCAUUCCCCAGGAUUGCCAGGUCUUUGCUGGAACCGUGCGUCUCAACCUCGACCCUCAUGAUAUUCAUACUGAUGAGGAGCUUGUUUCUGCACUGCGAAGCUGCUCGUUGGACUUUGCUCUGGAUAUGCAUUUGAGUGAAGAUGGUUCCAACAUCUCUACUGGCCAGCAGCAGUUGCUGUGUCUUGGUAGAGCUGUUCUCAAGAAGGCAGCUGUGGUGUGUCUCGAUGAAGCCACGUCCUCGGUGGACAAGGACACUGAAAAGGUGGUGGGCUCUGUGUUGCAGAAUGCAUUUGCCAACUCCACUGUGAUUACAAUAGCCCAUCGGCUGGAAACUGUUAUAGAUUCCGACAAGAUUUGUGUGUUGGAUAAGGGUGAGGUUGUGGAGUACGGGUCUCCUUCAGAGCUGCUGGCCAAGAAGGGUUUGUUUUACGAGCUCCACAAGUCGAACCGACUGGACUAA